AUGAAGUAUUCCUUGAGUCUCAAGAAACCAAAAAUUAACAUCCUCCAGGAUGUAGUGAUACAGCCGCCUUUGCCCAAACUGCGUAGACUUGCAGAUCUACCUGAGGAAGAAAUUGAAAAACUAAAAACAAAAAGUGAGGACGCCUCCACUUCCGCUGUGGAAGACUCCCAGACACCUUCCCAGCUAGAUAUAUCAGGGCUGGAGGAGCCGUGCGUCUCUAUGACGCCCUCACUGUUUGAGGGGUUAGAGGCGCACGGAAAAAGCUUGUCUUUCCUUCGUAAUGUUUACGGAGUUACGGAGGAAGACGAACAGAGGCAGAGAGAGCAGCAAGAGCAGCAGGAGCAGGAGCAGGAGCAGCAGCAACAGCAGCAGGAGGAGCAGCAACAACCGGUCCGCAAAUCACCAUCACCACCGACGUCUCAACCAACACCUGCCCCUGAUACACCUCAUCCUGCUGCACCUGAUGAUUCGGGUGAUGAAUUCGAAGACGAAGACAAUGCAUCUACAUUAUU